AUGCCACGUCGGAUCCGCCUCGUCAAUACGAAGAACAGGGAAGGGCGAUAUGCGUGUCUGAGCCACUGUUGGGGCGACAAGCAGCCUUUACGGACGACUCUAAAGCCAGACACCCUCUCGGUUCAUCAGGAGAACAUUCGAGAAGAAGAUCUGCCGAAGACAUUCCGGGAUGCGAUCACAGUCAUCUUGGCGAUUGGGAUUCAGUACAUUUGGAUAGAUUCGUUAUGUAUUAUCCAAGACGAUGAAAAGGACUGGCAGACCCAAUCUGCAAAGAUGGCCGCCAUCUACUCCAACUCCACUAUAACUAUCGCAGCUACAGAAGCUUCAAACUCAGAGGAGGGUCUCUUUCGUGAUACUCCUGAGGCGCACAUAAGCCAAUCACUCUCCAGCUCUUGUCACAUUUAUGCUAGAAAGCCAGUUGAUCACAGAAUAAGUGAAUCGCCGCUCCUUAAGCGAGGUUGGGUCUUUCAGGAACGCGUCCUAAGUCCUCGAAUACUUCACUUCGCUGAGACUGAGCUGAUAUGGGAAUGUAUGCAACAUCAGCGCUGCGAAUGUGGGUUUCUUGACUGGCGUCAUCAAUGCCAGCCAGCGGUAUGGGAGCUGUUCCUAGCACCCAAAAAUUAUUACCAUUCAGCUGAAUGGCGCUUGCUCAGGGGUAAACUAUCAGGAGCAGAUAAUCCAUGGACAAUUGCCGCCUUCGAGUUCGCGAGUCUACAGCUUUCAAAACCAAACGACAUCUUCCCAGCAAUCUCAGGUAUCGCAAAAAGCUUUGAGGAGGCUACUGGCUGGACAUAUGUCGCGGGAAUAUGGAGAGAAACGAUGCCACUUGGACUGUUGUGGCGCACAUUCAAGAAAGGCCAUCGGCCUUUUCAUUGGAGAGCACCGUCGUUCUCAUGGGCGUCUAUCACUUUUAACGAGCUUGGAGUGGGUCGGGGGAUAUAUCACGUUGGUCUGCAAACCCCGAUAGUUUCAGCAUCUGUCAUGGAAGUCAAAGUCUCGCCUAUAGGCAAGGAUCCUACGGGUCAGUUGAAGGGUGGAUACAUUGUCUUAUCAGGAACCUUGAUACAGGCAAUCAUUGGUCAUGUAGGAGUCGACGACAGGGCCUGGCACCAAGCUCUCCUCACGCCGUUAGGUAGAGAACGUGAAGAUUCAUAUCGCUUUGGCACCGACUUCAAUCUGACACAGUCAGGUCAUGUGGUAAAAAGUGGCGAAGCUGUGUUUUGUCUAGAAAUAGCUCAGGGGGAAGUUGAGUCUAAAGAAAUGAUAUGGUAUAUGGUAUUGGUAAAGAGAAACCUACGACCUUGGAAGUUCAAUGGCCACAGGUAUGACGGCGAAUUCGAGAGGAUAGGUCUCUUCACGGAAAUCAUUCCACAGGACCGAGUUGAUCGCAAGCCCUUUGAGGAAGCGUCACCAGAGUAUGCAGUUGAGCGCAACGCUGUAGUGAAAGUUAUCUGA